AAUAUGUAGUCACGGAGAAAACAUGUGUAAAGUGUUCACUAAUGGGCGGGGUCUAUAGAGGACGACGCCAUUUUGUCGGUGGUGUUUGUUGGAAUUAAAGUCGUCAGUGUUAGAAUAAAAACUACAAAACUAAUUAAUUAAGAUUUAAGAGUUCGCUUUAAAUGCCAUCAAUAGUUUUUGACGUUUUGUAUUUAUUACAUAUUCGUAAUUAUUUAUGAAAUUAUAAUUGUGUUUGAUUUAUAGUUAAAAUUUUCAAUUUCUUGUACGGCUUUUUUUAUUUGUUCACGUCUCGAUGGUUUGAACACAUUUUUAGAGGACUAAUUAAAUUUUUAUUGCCUUGAUAUACGACUCGCCGUUUGUUGGUCACUAAAACGACCUGACAGCAAAUACGCCAGAAAACCAACAACAUGGAAAGUCUGUGCAAUUAUGCUAGUGAUGAUGAUAACAGUUCAAGCCCCAAAAGAGAAGUCUCUGUAAGUACAUUUUUUUUUCUAAAAUUUUUUUUUUGUUUCGAACUGUUUAUGAGUGUUUUUAAUUAUAAUAUGAAUGCUCUACGACCACCUAUUAUAAUAGCAAAUACUGUAAAAGAAAAUCUAUACAAAUAAUUAUAUGAAUACUAUACAUUUGUAGUACUAUUGGUAGGUAGUACUAUUUGUUCUUAGUACAAUUGUUUAUUUUAACUUAUUGGGACUGGAAUGACAAAUUGUAGGCAACUACGUGGUAAUGUUAUCAUUAUGUAAUCAGCUGAUUUAUGUCUUUAUUUGAAACUUAUUGAAGUAUUUGACAUUUUUUUUUUUUAAUUGAUGUACCCAAAAGCUAACAAACACUUACAUAGGUACAUUUAUUUUUUAUCCUAAAGUAUAUGAUUUUUUAUGGUAUAUAAAUUAAAUAUUUUUAGACUAAACUCACUCCAACAAAUGGAAUGGAAGCCGAUGCAAAUUAUGAACAAGUUACCAUGGAUAUGAGUGAGGUAUGGAUAUGCCCAACAUUAAUCUAUUAUGGUUAAUGUUAGUUAUGAAAAUUUAAGAUAAUUUUUAAGUACCUAUUAAGAUAUUUAGGCAGGUUGGGUUAGGUCUCAUUUCUAUAGGUAAAAAUAUGAAUCAUAAUAAUAUUGUAAAGAAUAUCUUUUCUUAGAUAUUAAGUAUAAAUCCAUGACACAAAUUUAAAUUUUAAUAGAUUAUUUCUGGAUAUAGAUGUAUUAAAAAAAAUAAUUACCUACCAUAUAGUUAUUAAAAUGCAUUAUUUUAUAGCCUUAACUAUUUUAAAUAAAGUUCCUAAUUAUUUAUUCCUUUUUUAUAUAUAUAUAUAUACAUAUAUACACACACAUAAAUAUUUAUAUUAAUUUUAAAUACGAAUGUCAAAUAAUAUUAAUUUUAUUUUCUUAUUUUAAUAAGUAAUUCGUAUUACACAUAUCUCGUAACUAUGUGUUAUUUUUAUUUUUAUUUAUUAUUAUUUUUACCAAGUAGGGUAACUUACUGUUGAAAUUUAAAAGAAUUGAGUGACUUAAUGUUUCAAAUUUUCAUUUAAUUUCAUGGAUCUACUGUUUAAAGAUAACAGUAAAUAGUUUCAUGUUAAAUUGCUAAUACUAGGUAAUAUCCAAUACAAACCUACUUAUUUAUUUUAUGUUAAAUUUUAACAGCAAUGCAUUUUGAAAUUGUUAUUUUCUUAUAAUAAUAACCAAAAUAAUUAAAAGAUUUUUAGUACAUAGGUACCUCUUAAUUUCGUACAUUUUAAUUCCAUUAAACCCUUAUUGAUAUUUUUGUUUUCAUUCUGAAGAUUUUAUUAAAGAAACCAGCCAUUCAGUAUCAUAACACAAGUCGUCCUGGUUAAAUUCAUAUGACCAAGACUGAAGGUGGGUAAAAUACAUUUUGAAGUAGGCUAUUAUAACAAAAAAAAAAAGUAAGCUAAUGUACCUAAUGCAAUUCUAAAAAAAGUAAAUUCCGGUUAAAACCAAUAUUAACACGACAUUGUUCUGAAAUUAUAUAUAAAAUAGUCCACGAGUAGUCAAUCGACUGUGGGAGAGUCUCUUGCCACUGAUUCUUUGCGCCGCUUGAAGAGGAAAUUUGAAUGCGGCUGAUUAUCAAUACUGUGCAUUCACAUUGGUGAGUAAUAAUGAAAUACAAUCAGGUAAACCCUUUCCCGCUAGAUGUCAUUCUCUGUGAGCUGUGGCCUUAAGAAGGUAUAUUUUUUAUUUAUCAUUAACUGUUAGGUGAUAAUUAUUAAUUGAAAACACUUCUAUUGACCAUCUUUUUUAUUUUUUAUUUUCAAUUUUAACUUAAACAGUAUAUUAUAUUUGUUUUUAGUCAUAAUUUUAGUUAUCAAGUCAUAUCUGAUAAUCAUUUAUCAAUUAUAAUUAUUAUAUAUUUAAUUAUUAAAAAUAUAAUUGACUGAUAACAAAUCUGUUUAAAGCAAAAAUGUAAUAGCAUAAUAUUAUUUAUUUAAUAUUAAUUUAGUUUUGUAUUUUCAGCAGGAAUCAAAUCACAGCUCAACCAAAUCACCCACACAUAAAAAUCGAACUUCACCUUCUAGUUCAGCAUCAUCUCCUACUUCCAUAUCGCCGUCCCCGCGAUCACAUCAUACCAGAAAACAUGGAAGUCAUAGUGAUACUAAAACAAACAGUUCUGAUGAAGAAAAGAUAAGUCAUAGCCGCCAUAGAAGGUAUAAUAUAAGUAUUAUUUUUUUUACUGUACUUUACUUACUAUAAAGGUAGUUUUGAUUAAAAAUAGUGUGAUUUAUAUAUAAAUAUGUUAAGAGUAAUAAAAAAACUAACAGUAACAACUAGUAAAUAUCAAUUUUAAUUCUUUUAUCAUCAAUAAUACUCACUACAGACCAGAUGGCCUUUUUUUCUGUUAGCAUUCAAGAUUUAUUAAUUUUAAUUUUAAAAAAUGACCAACAAUAAAUAUAUUAAAAUAAAUAAUUUUUAUUGAAGUAGGGUGCUCAGAUUUCCUGUAAGUGUCCUAGUAAGUAUCAUAGACAGUUUAAAAAAAAACCUUUAUUAUGCUGAAAUGUUCAACAUAUUUUUGUUUUGUAGUCAUGAGAUAGUAAAAAAUUUAAACUUUUUAAAUUUAUAAAUUUAAUUUUUUUAAAUUAAAACUUAAAUAGUUUAAAAACAAAACUAAAAAAUUUAGGAUUUGCUAUUGAAAAAUGAAAAAAAUCUAUAGUUCCAAAAAUAUAGAAAUUUUUAAAAUUAAAACUUCGAACUGCUCAAGUAAAAACCUUAGUUCUAGUUCUUCAGCAAUGGAGCAUACUAUGAUUAGUUCUCAUUUUAUUUAUAACUUUUUUAAAUUUGAUUUGUUCAUUGAAGAAUAUAAACAUAAUUAUUAACUAUUAGUAUUAAUCUAAAAAAUAAUGUUACACCGAAUAAAGUAUUAUUAAUUCUAAUAAUUUAAUUUAAUAAAUUUGAAUUUUAAAAAUAAUAUAAAAAGCAAGUAACUUUCUAUUUCAUCGGGAAACAAAUAAAUGUGCUCACACUCUGCUGCAGCGGCAACAGUGAAGUUCAUUUAUAUUUUGAAGAAAGUAUCUAUUCAAAAAAGAAAUGUGAAAAACUUUCAACAGUAGCGGUAAAAAUCAGUCUGCAACAGUUUUUUAUAAAAACCGCAACAUGAUACCACGGCCGUUUUAUUGCUGUAGUGUGUGGACUACCAUAAGAAAACACGAGUUUUAUAAAACAGUCACUGCCCCACCACUAUCGCAGCAGUGUGUGAGCUUCUUAAUAAAUAACUAGUCAUUUCAUUAUACAAAAGCAAACCAAAAAUUUUACUUGUUGAAAAUUUAAAGUAAGUUAACAUAGGUGUAAAAAGGGGUGCUUCGGGAGCCUUCCACUAUUAAAGCUCAGAAUAAAAAAAAUUGUUGCAAAUUUAAAUUUCUUCUUGCUAUUUUUUCAGUUUUUUACAAUUUUGUGUGGAUCAAAUUGAAAAAUUUGAAAAAAUUACCUAAGUAUCUUCUAUGUUAAUUAAAUAUAUUUAAAGUUACUGGAUGAAUUUGUUGAGUAUUUUUAUUUACUGAUCUAAUGGUGAGAUGAGUGUAAAUGAAAAUGUAGGUAAACAGAGAAAGAUGUGGACUAUAUAGUAUAAUGAAGAAAUGGUAAUGGAUGGGGAGUAUAGAAAAAAAGAAUAAGAGUUAAUGAAGGUGAAAAGGAAGAAAAAACUAUUAACUUUUUUUCUGUGCUUAGUCUAAUAUUACCUAUAUUUAUGAUAAUAUUUUUGUGUAUUUAUUAUUAUAGACAUAAAUCAAGAGAUCGGCACAGUAAAAAACAUUCUCAUAGAUCACAAAGUCGUAGUAAAAAACGCUCACGAAGAUCUCGUAGCCAUAGCCGUAGCAAAAAACGAUCACGUCGGUCUCGCAGUCGUAGUGAAAGGUUUGUAUACCUAGUUCAAUUGUUUUUAAAAUUAUGUAAUAUUAUAAUUAUUGUAUUUUCUUUUCAUUAUAGAAAUAGCAGUAGUAGAAAAUCAAGUCCUUAUUCCAGACACGAAUCAAAGAAUCACAAAAAGCAUAGUCGAUCUAAGAGUAAAGAAAAAUAUGUUUCUUUACAUAAUUAUUUCUUAGAAAAGAAAGCUAAUAAUAAACGACAUAGUAAUUUAUUUAUUUUUCAAUUUAAUAUUUAAUGAAUAGACAAUGAAAUAACUCGUAUAGAACAAGGAGGGAAACAAUUUAAAAAAAAAAAAAACCAAUCAAAUUUAAUUUAUUUUAAAGUUUAGGAGAUUUUAUACGGGUUAUUUAUCUUUCACUAAUUUGAAAUUAUUAAUGAUAACAUAAUAUAAUUAUUUAUUUUUUAGUUUUGGAUAAAUUAGGAAUUGAAUUAAAAGUUCCAUCUAUUGGAUGUUCUACCCAACCAUCUACUACACAAGUCACUCCACAACAGUUACUACAGAAAUCGAUGGAAGCACAAGUAGAAAAAGUGAAAGUGCAAACAGGAAUAGAGUUACCAUCAUAUUACAACCCAGUAGCUGUAAACCCAAAUAAAUAUGCUGAACAGAUUCAAAAACGAAAAUUAUUAUGGGGUAAUAAAACAAAUAUUGAUGUUGUAAAACAAGUUGAAGAAUGUAAACCGACUAUGAUAACUACUAACAAGACUGCAACCAUUUGGCAGUCCACAAAAUUUGGAGAUCAAGAUGGCAAAGUUACUGCCAAGUUCAAAAGGCUUAUGGGUAUCAAAGAUAAUGGAAUAGGUAGAUACUAUUGUUACAAUAUAAAAUUACAAAUGUUUGCAUUUUGAAAUUAUAUUAAAUUCAUUAAUAUGAAAUAGGUGUUGAUAAUCAACCAUCUCAACAAGGACAAUCGAAAGACAUUAUUAAAAAACAAGAAGAAAUGUUUAAUUCAAUGGAAAGUCAAUAUGAAGUUGCUCGAAUGGCAACACACACACAUCGAGGACUGGGUCUUGGAUUUGGUACAUUUCAACAGCGGUAGAUCUUAUUAAAUAGAGUUUUAUUAAAUAUAUUUGUACAUUGAAAUGCCACUAUUAGUAUUUAAUUUUAGAUUUCUUUACUUGAAAUCAUUGUAUAUUUAACACUUAUGUUUUAUUUAAAUACAUAAUUUUUGUUGUUGACAUAUUAUAUUUUAUUUUUUUAAAUUUAUUAUAAUUCUAUGUGAGACCUUUCAACUGUUUCACUUUGUUCUUUGCUGUAAAAAUGUUUUUUGAUUAAUAGUGCUACAUUUUUUGCACCUAUGCAACUCAUUUCCAUGGCACUUGCAACCCAUUCUAUGGCGUUAAUGUGGUAAAGUCUAUCCGCGAUGUGGAAACUUCGGGAUUCUGUUGGGACAUAAUAGUGAGGAUAUGCUAACCAAUUCACAAUUUUAACAUCAGUAAUGUUUACAAAUAAUGCAUGUAUUUGAUUGUUAGUGAGUGGUUCCUGAGAAAAUACUUUCCAAACAUUUAAAUUAGCAGUUUCAUUGACACCUUCAAUAUUACUAAUUGAAUUGAAAAAUACUUUUUCAUUAGUUGAUAUUAUUAAAAUUGGUGAAGGAUAAUCAGAAAGAGGAGGAAAUUGUGUCUUUUUUAUCUUGCCAAAAACCAAUGUACAUACUGUUUGAUGAUACGUCCCAAGUUUAUCAAAUUCUAAUGGAAUGUUAGCAAAAUUUAUAGGUAUCCUUUGAUUUGAAACAAGAGGUGCAGCGAAAACUACAUAAUCGUAUGUAGAUUUUUUUCCAGUAUUAGUCAACAGUGUAUAUGAUUCACCAUUUUUCAUUAUUUGGAUAACAUAUUCAUCUAUUAAUUGCGCUUUAGAAAUUUCAAGAAGUUUUUCAGCAACUCUUUUAUUACCUUCUUUUACUGACCACAAUGAUCCAUCCAUUCCGGCCAUAGAAACUGUUCCUAUAACAAUUUAAAAUGUUCUAUAAAAUAAUAAUAUGUAAUUACAAUGCUAAUAAUUAUAGUUAAUAAUAAUAUCUGUCUUGUUAGUUUUAACGUCUAAGGGGAUAAUACAAAUACUAUUUU